AUGAAAGGAACACUAGUGCUAUCUCAGGAGUCCUACAUUGAGAAAGUACUAAAGAGUUUUGGAAUGGAAGAUUCUAAGCCAAUCACAACUCCAUUGGCGCCUCAAUUCAAAUUAAAGAGUCUAACCAAGGCAGAGCCAUUAGAACAAGCUGUGAGAAUGGAAGAGAUUCCUUACGCAAGUGUUGUGGGGAGCCUAAUGUAUGCCAUGGUUGUGAGCAGAUUUAUGUCCAAACCAGGAAUGGAUCACUGGAAGGCAGUAAAGUGGAUUCUUAAAUACUUGAGAGGUGAAUCUAAAACCAGUUUAACGUUUGUUAAGAGUUCAGUUUGUUCAAUUAAAGGGUUUUCAGAUUCAGAUUAUUCGGCUGAUUUGGACAGGCGACGAUCAGUUACUGGUUAUGUGUUCAAGGUCUGGGGUAAUACAGUUUCGUGGAUAUCAAAUUUGCAAUCAGUUGUAGCUCUAUUGACUAUUGAGGCAGAGUAUAUGGCAUUCUCCACAGCAACCAAAGAAGCAGUUUGGUUAAAAGCUAUAUGCGAAGAACUAGGUCUACAAACAGGAAGUGUCAAGAUGCAUUUUGAUUCACAGAGUGCCCUAGAUCUAGCAAAGAACAGAGUUUUUCAAGAAAGAACAAAGCAUGUUGCAAACAAAUAUCACUUCAUCCGUGAUAUUGUUGCUCAUGAUGAUAUUAUCCUACACAAGAUAACACAAGAAAGAAUAGAGCUGACUUCCUAA